AUGGCCGACCAAAUCCUCGAGCUUAGAAAUGACGGACUCGGACCAUCCGAAAGACGCAAGGUCCAUUGGUUUCGCGGCACCGUCUUCCAAAUAUUCGUCAUUGGAGGCGUAUUCUUCUGUGCUCCUGGAAUGUAUAAUGCGUUGACCUCGCUUGGUGCCGGGGGCCUUGCUACACCUUGGUAUGCCAAUGCAACUGCCGCGGCUGGCUAUGCUUUUAUGGCCGUUCUCUGCGUAACAGGCGGUAUUAUCGUCUCCAAAAUCGGUGUCAAGCCAUCCUUGCUGAUUUCAAGCACUGGUGAUAUCAUUUAUGCUGGAAGCUUGUAUCUCAACUCGAAAAACGGGACGCAAUGGUUCUUGAUGUUUGGUGCGGGCCCCCGUUUCCCAUCUAUUCUUGUCGAGUUGACGCUGACAGGCUCGAUUUACUCUGGUUGUACCGAUGGCCUCAUGUACACUGUUGAAGGACCCAUCAUCACUUCCUACCCCGAACCGGACCGCCGAGGCCGCAUGCUAGCGCUGUGGGUCUCUUUGCGAAACGCUGCACCAGUCAUCGGCGGUGCCAUCAUCUUCGGCUUGAACAACAAAAUCGACUCCAGUGGCGGUGUCUCCCUCCAAACUUACCUUGUUAUCAUCGGAAUCAUGUGUGCCGGUCCGUUCAUUGCGUUGCUUCUCUCGCAUCCAGAAAAAGUCCAGCGAAAAGAUGGGGUCAAAAUAGUGCUCCGCAAGAUGGACUGGACAAAGACGAUGAGCGAGUGGUGGAACGUUGUUUGUUCCCGCGAUGUAGAUCCUCCUGCUUUGCCCACUGUUCUUUACCUCAUGGUUUUAUGGCUCGUAUAUCGGAACGUUGGAAACUCAAUAUAUGAACGUCCGUACUCGAGCGCUGUCUGCCUUCAUCAUUCGUUGUGGCGACAUUGCUGGUGGGCUUGUAAUUGGGUAUUUCCUCGACAUGAAGUAUUUCUCCGUCAAACAACGCGCACGGAUAAGCUUUAUCAGCUUGAUGGCACUCAAUCUGGUACUAUGGGAAGUAUCUUAUCAUUGAAAAGUGUCUGCUUACUUUCCUACAGGGUGUGGGCCGCCAUUAUCACCAAACGACUCGAGGUGGAAAAGCCCAUCAUAGACUGGACCUCUGGAAGCAUUUUCGGCAGCACAUUUAUACUUUUUGUCCUGUUCGACUUUGCCACGAUGGCCACCCAAACAUGCUUGUUCUGGAUCAUCUCACACAUGUCUGACGACUUUAUCGCGCUGUCUUACAUGACUGGGACCCUUCGAGGAGUCGAAUGCGCGGGGCAAGCCGUUGCGUAUGGUAUCAAGUCAAGCAACACGACCGAUUGGCUGUCAAUCGGGUUAAACGUUGGCCUGAUCGUGUUUUCGCUUCCAUUUGCGUGGGCCGUUGUUCGGAAGAUUGGCGUCGUCGAGUUUGACAAGAUUUCGUUUGCGAUUGGGGAUGGUUCGAGCGAAAAGAGCGUUGAUGUGGAGUCAGAGAAGGAGAAAGCGUGA